UAGAAACUUCUGACCAACUCAUGCCAGCGAGUGGCCCACGUCUAUCACUGCGGGGGCAGACGGGAUAGGACGAAACUUUCGAUAGCUCAGCAAAAUGCCAUCUUUCCCUCUCUACCAGUUUGCUGACCUGGAAGAGAUGAUGUGCAAGCAGUUACUAAACCUCGACUUGAGGGAGCAGAGCAGACCACUACCACCGCUCAGUCUGGCAAUGAGAACACCAGGUUGUAUUGGUCAGCCACGAAGCAACAUGUCGUCUUCCCUCACGUCUCUCUCCUGCCUCCCGACUGAUCCAGACAGUGCAUUUCUGACCUCCAGCCAAUGGGGGCAGCAAUCAGAAAGCCCUCUGCCCUCCCAGCUCACUCAUUCUACCCAGUGGGGAAAAUCAGGCUUCCUUGCUCAGCGCUCCAUCAGCAUGGUAGAAACCAGCAGCAACACAGCAGCACGUCUUGGCUGGCCCGGGACUGACGCACUGCACUCCCAAAGUGACAUCAGCCCCACCGCACUGAACACUGGCUCUUCCUCUUCCACCUCAUCCGUUUCCUCCUCCUCAUCACGCUAUAAGACUGAACUGUGUCGAUCUUUUACAGAAAGUGGCUUGUGCAAGUAUGGCGGGAAGUGCCAGUUUGCCCACGGGCCAGAUGAGCUGCGGGAUCUUAACAGACAUCCAAAAUACAAAACAGAGCCAUGCCGUACGUUUCACACCAUCGGCUUCUGCCCCUAUGGGAUCCGCUGCCACUUUGUCCACAACAACGAGGAGGAAAUGAAACACGGCAUCUCUCGUUCCUCCUCAUCCUCCUCCACCUCUUCAAGCAUUACCCAGCAGCCACCCUCCUCCCUCCGCUCGCACAGACCUCCCCUCAUCAGACAGAGCUUCAGCUUCGCUGGAUUUCCCUCUGCUCCCCAGCAAACCCUUCAGCCUGCCCUUAAUGCUCACCCUCCUCCUGCCACUGCGUCUUUCACACGAGCUCCAUCAGCCUCCCCUCCUGCCUGUGCUGACAUUACUGACCUCCUUUCUCAUGCCUUCCUGGAGAUGGACUCUGCCUUUGAGGCCUCCCCUGCCCACCAGUACCAGCCCACCAUGGGCCAGGCCACUGCAGCAGAUCCCAGAUCUCCAUUCUUGCCCUCCCCAGACUCUGGCUGUUCUCCAUGUGGGCUGUCUCCUACUACCUCCCCUUCCCUGAGGCAGAGUCCCAGUGCCACUGGGGUCUUUUCAGGGCCACUGGGUGCCAGAUCCCUGUCCUAUACCUCUUUGUCAGACCAGGACCAGGAUGGAAGCAGCUCUGCUAGCUCACUCAGUGGCUCUGAAUCUUGUGGGGGCAUUACCGAAGUCAAUGGCAGACGUCUGGCGGUAUUCAGCCAACUCUCUGUUCCCGAGGAUGCUACUGGGUUCUGCCUUUAGGCCGCAGUGUGCUUUGAACACAAACAUACACAUUUGCAUACAUUCAGACUCAAACAUGCAGGCCUACGAAACUCUGACACACCAUAAACAUAUACAUUCAUGCAUAUCCACCCUCAAGCUCACGCAAUGCUCACACACUGGAACCCUAUAAAUGCACACGUGCCCUCACACACACAUACACGCACGCACGCACACACACACACACACACACACACACAGCCCCUGUACUGACACCUCGGAUGUUCCUUGCACCUGAGUGACAUCUAAGGAAACAAAGACUGAUUCGAACAUACAGAGAGAUUUGCAUGUAAUAUUUAUGUGGUUGAAAUGUCGCUAUCAAAUACGUAAGGGAAGCCACAGUGAUGCUGAAACUGAAAUUCGUGUUGCCACCAAAACGGUACAUAUCAAGACAGAAGUAAAAUAGUGCUGGAAGCGAUCAAGGCUUUACCAGAAUAGUAUAUUGAGAUGUCAAAUUGUCAGAGCUAUAGUGUAAUCAGUGUGAUUGGCCUCAGUGUGGCCUGUUGUUGAGUCCAACCACACCAUUUCCAUUACAUCUGAGUGAUCUACAGAACAAAGCCAAAGACAUCUUUUGUAGCACAAAUGUUUUGAUUAUGGUGAUGCAAACACACAACUGUUGAUUUUCCACUAACUGUACACAGUAUUGUGUUUAUAAGCUGGUGAAAGUGUUUUUUCCUCAUAACUCUACAGUCUGAGGUAGAUCACUGACCUUGAACGUGAAUGUUAUGUUUUUAAACUGAAGUGCCUGUCGCGUUAUCCGCCAGGUCAUAUGUUGAAACAAGAUUAGCUGGUUUGUUAGGAGUGAUGAAUGGACGGGUGUGAGUCUUCUUAUUUAGUCAACUUAAGCUUGUGUGAGUUCAGGUCUCCCAUUGUUAAGGUGACUACAAGUGUUCCUCUGUCCUGGUGUUAUUGACAAACUGCCACCAGUAAAAUGCCAAAUGACCAAAUUUAACCUGGGAGGAGUAAAGGGGGAUCAGUUUGAGUUUAGCAAAAAAGCCAAGUGGAUUUGAUCAUCACCUUAUCAAAUCACAUGUUCAUGACAUAUCAACUGGAUGACUUGCCAACUCGAAAAGCAGGUCAUAGAAAUUGAAUAUUCUUUGAUAUGCAAAGUGAGUCAGCACAAAUGGCAGGUAUUAGAGAAAAUCCAUCAAUAUUGAGAGUCAGAAUGGACCAAAAAAAACUCAAAUGAGAUACCAUAACAUCUUUCUGCAUCUUAUUUUAGGUGAACUGAUCUGAACAUAGCCUGAGUUAAAGGCACUUGGCAUAGAAUUAAAGUUUAAUCAAGUAAUUUGAAUGUUUUAUGCAAAUCCUGUUUUACCUCUGGCGUUUUUCUGAAUAGUUUCUGGUGCCAAUAUGUAUUUUAGAUAAUCUUAAACACAAACAUUUCCAGGAGUAGUAUUUUUCUUCUCCCUUGUCCACAGGCAGCACUGGUGUCACAUUUUUGAUAAUAAAUAUUCAUGUGUUUGUGACUCACACCACCAUAUUUCAUCUCUCCGUCAGUAUUAAUUCUUCUUGAUUCGGCUUUGUACUGUUAUGAAUGUGUAGUGUUCCUGGUCACAUGUAUGUGAACUGUGCGCCCAGGUCUGUUGCCUCACUGAGCUAGAUCCAGCAGUCUGUAGGGUUUAGGGUAUGUCUGCUAAUUGUUAUAGAAAUGUUACUUGGCUGUUUUGUGUGUUUAUGACGUAGUUGGUUAGAAGAACAGACACUGUGCUGUUACCGGUCUAUUUAAAAUUGCCUUUUCAUCAACAUGUUUGAGGCCUGUUUAGUGUUAAAGGUGAUAAUCUUUAGUAAAUUUCUUUAAUUUAUUUUAACGUAUUUAUAGAGGACUUUGAGUUGGUAAUGCUUGUAUCAAGUUUAAUAUAUUUCUUUUUUGUUUUGCUUUUUGUACUGAAAAUAAAGGUUUUUUUGUUUUUGA